CGGCAUCCAACCAUAGACGACAAGAUUUAGACAAUCAAAAGAUGGAAUUUGACGAUGUAUUGACGAAUCAACCUGUUGUUAUUGAUAAUGGGUCAGGCGUUAUCAAGGCAGGUUUCGCUGGCGACGAUCAGCCCAAAUGUUUCUUUCCCUCCUUUGUGGGCCGCCCAAAGCAUCACCGCGUUAUGGCCGGUGCAGUCGAAGGUGACACAUUUAUUGGGAAAAAGGCCCAAGAGCUACGUGGAUUGUUGCGAAUAAGGUACCCGAUGGAACACGGAGUUGUUACGGAUUGGGAUGAUAUGGAGAGAAUUUGGGGGUUUGUGUAUGAGGAAGAACUCAAGAUAUUGUCAGAGGAGCACCCAGUCCUCUUAACAGAAGCCCCCCAAAACCCCCGCACAAACCGCGACACCGCCGCCCAAAUCCUAUUUGAGACCUUCAAUGUCCCCGCCCUCUUUCUCUCCAUCCAAGCCGUGCUCGCUCUCUACGCCUCAGGUCGAACAACCGGUAUCGUCCUUGACAUUGGUGAUGGCGUCACACAUGCUGUACCCGUCUACGAAGGCUUUUCCAUGCCGCAUGCCGUUAGAAGGGUGGACAUGGCUGGACGAGAUAUCACACAUCACCUUCAACUCUUGUUGCGCAAAUCAGGAUACUCACUCUCCACAUCUGCCGAAAAAGAAGUCGUACGCAUCAUAAAGGAGAAAACAUGUUACAUUGCAUCCAAUCCCGCCAAGGAGGAAAAAGAGGCUGUUGGAAAAUACGAGGACUUUAUCUUACCCGAUGGCACACCCCUUAAACUCGGACCAGAACGCUUCAGGGCCCCUGAAAUCCUCUUUGCACCUGACCUCAUCGGCCAAGAAUUCCCAGGUGUUCACCAGCUUUGCGUAGACGCCAUUCAAAAAGCCGAUAUGGACCUCCGGAAACACCUGUACUCAAACAUGGUGCUGAGUGGCGGUACGACUCUUUGCCGGGGCUUUGGAGAUCGGCUUUUGGGAGAAGUCAAGCGGUUGGCACUCAAGGAUGUCAAGAUAAAGAUUUAUGCACCACAAGAACGAAAGUAUUCGACAUGGAUCGGCGGGUCGAUUUUGGCUUCUUUGAGUACAUUUAAAAAGAUGUGGGUGUCAGCUGAAGAAUACCAAGAAGACCCCGAUAUUAUUCACAAAAAGUUUAUGGGGUGAAUGUCUUUAAUUUAUGGGCUGUUGUAUAUAGAAUGUGUGUGCGUUUUUCCUUGCCAACGGUGUCGUGUGAGUAGCCCCCGUCAGUGGGAUGGCAAUGUCGCUCAAAGAGAGCAUCUUCUAUCCUUGACCUCCUCCAAAAUCCAAUAAAAGCCGUCCUCUACUCUGCAUACAA